UUUGAAGAAGACGCGGAAGAAGCUGGAGGGGGCUUGGACGGCGGGCAAGGCAAGAGGAAGAGGCUGUUCUCCAAAGAACUAAGAUGCAUGAUGUAUGGAUUCGGGGAUGACCAGAACCCUUACACAGAGUCAGUGGACAUUCUUGAGGACCUGGUAAUAGAGUUUAUCACAGAAAUGACACACAAGGCCAUGUCAAUUGGGCGGCAGGGUCGUGUACAGGUUGAGGAUAUUGUGUUUCUCAUACGCAAGGACCCCCGGAAGUUUGCCAGAGUUAAAGACCUCCUAACUAUGAAUGAAGAACUGAAACGAGCCAGAAAGGCCUUCGAUGAAGCAAACUAUGGCUCCUAAUUCUGUGCACAAGCUGCACUGUGGCAUUACCUGGGCACCUGCUGCCCAAAAGGAAGGAACAUCAUGCAUGGUGUUUGGAGGGACUAUUCAGGAUGGAGGUCACUGCUGGGAUGUCUGCCCUUACUCACAGCCUUUUCCAAGAAGUGUUCAAGCAGCUGGAUGUUACCUGAAUGUAUGUGGUAUACCUGGGUAUUUUUGUAUUGGUUUAUGAAUAGAGAAAAGAGCUCUAACAAUUCUUGUAAUGGCAGGAAGUCUG